AUGGCCAGCCAGCAUCUCCAAUUGUCCAGAACGAACUGGCGUCGGGAUGAACCAUCCCCGCUGAAUCAGGCGGAGUGGAACGGGUUUGCCCGCCUGGACGCUGCUCCUGCAUCGAACUACUUGGGGAUGGAUGAGGUUAUACGAGAAAUCGACCCCGCCCCGGCAGAGUCGCGCGGGAAUAGCACAGCUUGGCACCACCAGCCGUUCCGAAAGACUGGACAGCAUGCUGUCGUGGUUGCACUUGCCAUCCCUGUUCAGUCUCUCGUAUUCAUUCCCACACACGUGUUGGAUGUCAAAGGGAUCCAUUCUACAUCACGCACAAUAGCUAGCGCCGUGUUUCCCCCUCCCCGGGCGGACCAGUCUACGACACGGAGUGCCCGGAUCAAGAAAUACCUUGGCAUUGCUGACACGUCUGGUUCUGCUGGUCUCGGCAUUGCAAGAAAACUGGCUGUGCUGCGCCUUCAGGAAGUACGCCAAUCCUCGGGUGAGAGGGAAGAUGUGCAUGGUAUGGAUGCUGUCAUGUAUAACACGGGCUAA